CCAGAUAGCUUCUUUUCGACAGCUUGGAGUUACUGUUGGGAACAGAUCCAUGUAUGGAAGCGAAAGCAGAAAAGCACAGAUAAGCGGAGAUCCAGCUAUGCAAACCAUGUUUAGAGACACUUAAAGGACAAGCAUCCUGGGGCCUUGCUUUCUGGUAAAUUUAGAGACGCUUCCCUCUGAGGUCCUUUCCUCACUCGGCCCAGCACUGAGCUGCAGAGAACUGGCAGAGGUGGCGACAACUGGCAGUUCGUCGGAGCGGCGACCAUGCCGAGAUCCAACCAUCCGCCCACCCUCUCCAUGGGAUUCCAUCUGGUAACCGUCGUGGCUCUGUUACUCUGCCACGGAGGCCAAGCAGGCGCAGAGGCGGAAACCGAAGGGGGAGAACCUGGAAAUACGACGAACGAAUGCACCGGCUCCUAUUACUGCAAGAAAGGCGUGAUUCUGCCGAUAUGGGAACCUCAAGACCCUUCCUUCGGGGACAAAAUCGCCCGGGCGACGGUGUAUUUCGUGGCCAUGGUCUACAUGUUCCUGGGGGUGUCGAUCAUCGCGGACCGGUUCAUGUCCUCCAUAGAGGUCAUCACGUCCCAAGAGAAGGAGAUCACCAUAAAGAAGCCCAACGGCGAGACCACCAAGACGACGGUGAGAAUUUGGAACGAGACGGUUUCCAACUUGACGCUGAUGGCCCUGGGCUCGUCGGCCCCCGAGAUCCUCCUCUCCGUCAUCGAGGUGUGCGGCCACAACUUCACCGCGGGUGACCUGGGCCCCAGCACCAUCGUGGGCAGCGCGGCCUUCAACAUGUUCAUCAUCAUCGCGCUCUGCGUCUACGUGGUCCCCGACGGGGAGACCAGGAAGAUCAAGCACCUGCGGGUGUUCUUUGUGACGGCCGCCUGGAGCAUCUUCGCCUACACUUGGCUCUAUAUGAUUUUAUCCGUCAUCUCUCCCGGGGUGGUGGAGGUCUGGGAAGGCCUGCUCACCUUCUUCUUUUUCCCCAUCUGCGUCGUCUUCGCCUGGGUCGCGGACCGCAGACUUCUGUUUUACAAGUACGUCUAUAAGAGGUACCGGGCCGGCAAGCAGAGGGGCAUGAUCAUCGAGCACGAGGGGGACAGGCCCUCGUCCAAAGCCGAAAUCGAGAUGGACGGGAAAGUGGUCAACUCCCACGUGGAGAACUUCCUGGACGGGGCCCUGGUCCUGGAGGUGGACGAGAGAGACCAAGACGACGAAGAGGCCAGGAGGGAGAUGGCGAGGAUCCUGAAGGAGCUGAAGCAGAAGCACCCCGAGAAGGAAAUCGAGCAGCUGAUAGAACUGGCCAACUACCAGGUCCUCAGUCAGCAGCAAAAGAGCCGGGCUUUCUAUCGGAUCCAGGCCACCCGUCUGAUGACCGGGGCGGGCAACAUUCUGAAGAGACACGCGGCCGAUCAGGCCAGGAAAGCCGUCAGCAUGCACGAGGUCAACGUCGAAGUGGCCGAGAACGAUCCGGUCAGCAAGAUCUAUUUCGAGCAGGGGACCUACCAGUGCCUGGAGAACUGCGGCACGGUGGCUCUGACCAUCGUCCGCCGGGGCGGCGAUCUCACCAACACCGUGUACGUCGACUUCAGGACCGAAGACGGCACGGCCAACGCGGGGUCCGACUACGAGUUUACCGAAGGCACGGUGGCCUUCAAGCCGGGCGAGACCCAGAAGGAGAUCCGGGUCGGCAUCAUCGACGACGACAUCUUCGAGGAAGACGAGAACUUCCUCGUGCACCUCAGCAACGUCAAAGUGACCGCCGAGACCUCGGAAGAUGGCAUCCGGGAGGCCAAUCACGUGGCGACCCUGGCUUGCCUCGGGUCGCCCUCCACGGCCACCGUGACCAUCUUCGACGACGACCACGCGGGCAUCUUUACCUUCGAGGAACCGGUGACCCACGUCAGCGAGAGCGUCGGGGUCAUGGAGGUGAAGGUGCUGAGAACGUCUGGAGCUCGAGGAAAUGUUAUCGUUCCCUACAAGACCAUCGAAGGGUCGGCCAGAGGUGGAGGAGAAGACUUUGAGGAUACUUGCGGAGAGCUGGAAUUUCAGAACGAUGAGAUUGUGAAGAUCAUUCCCCUUACAAUAUUUGACCGUGAGGAAUAUGAGAAAGAGUGCAGUUUCUCCCUUGUACUUGAGGAGCCAAUAUGGAUUCGAAGAGGAAUGAAAGCCCUGUUGUUGAAUGAGCUUGGUGGCUUCACAAUAACAGGAAAAUGUUUGUAUGGCCAGCCUGUCUUCAGGAAGGUUCAUGCUAGAGAUCGCGCCAUCCCCUCCACUGUAAUCAGCAUUGCAGAUGAAGCGAACGACAAACAGCCCUUGACCAGCAAGGAGGAAGAGGAGCGCCGCAUUGCAGAACUAGGCCGUCCCAUCCUGGGGGAACACACGAAGCUGGAGAUCAUCAUUGAAGAAUCCUACGAGUUCAAGAGUACCGUGGACAAACUCAUUAAGAAGACGAACCUAGCCCUUGUGGUCGGAACAAACAGCUGGAGAGAACAGUUUAUUGAAGCGAUCACCGUCAGCGCUGGCGAAGACGACGACGACGACGAAUGCGGGGAGGAGAAGCUGCCCUCCUGCUUUGACUACGUGAUGCACUUCCUGACGGUGUUCUGGAAGGUCCUGUUCGCCUUCGUGCCCCCCACAGAGUACUGGAACGGCUGGGCCUGCUUCGUCGUGUCCAUCCUCAUGAUCGGCCUCCUGACGGCCUUCAUCGGCGACCUGGCCUCCCACUUCGGCUGCACCAUCGGCCUGAAGGACUCCGUGACCGCGGUGGUCUUCGUGGCCCUCGGGACCUCGGUGCCAGACACGUUCGCCAGCAAAGUGGCAGCCACCCAGGACCAGUACGCGGACGCCUCCAUCGGCAACGUCACCGGGAGCAACGCCGUGAACGUGUUCCUGGGGAUCGGCGUGGCCUGGUCCAUCGCCGCCAUCUACCACGCGGCCAACGGGAAGGAGUUCGAAGUGUCCCCCGGCACCCUAGCUUUCUCGGUCACCCUCUUCACCAUUUUUGCUUUCAUCAAUGUCGGGGUGCUGCUGUAUCGGCGGAGGCCAGAAAUCGGAGGUGAGCUGGGUGGGCCCCGGACUGCCAAGCUCCUCACAUCCUCCCUGUUUGUGUUGCUUUGGCUCUUGUACAUUUUCUUCUCCUCCCUGGAGGCCUACUGCCACAUAAAAGGCUUCUAAAGGAACAAUCAAAUAUAGUAAAUUUAUAUAUAUAUAUGCACAUAUAUAUAUAUAAAGAUCUAUGUAUAACGAACAGAGGAAAACUGACAUUUGUCAUGUUGACUUGCCUGCUGACGGAACACAGACAGCUUCAAGAGCAGACUUGUCCUAGAUAGGGGUAAGAAUUCAGCAGGGUUCUUACCCAGGGUGCCAUCACGUUGAACAAGGCAUGGAUGCGGGGCCAUCUUUGCGACUCCUCCAAGAGUGUCUCUCGCGAUUGAUUUGACGGAUCGACUCCUUUUUCUUUUUCCUUUUUUUUUUUUUUUUUUUUUGGUUAAACGACUGAUCUGAACGCAACAUGUGCUUUCUGUUAAAAAUGAAAAGCGGCCAGAUCCCCAAUGCCUUCGUUUAAAAGUUAAGGUUCUGGGCCAUAGGAGGCAGGGUACGGUCAGGUGAAAGAAGGAGUUUCAUCCAUUUAUUACAAAAUAUCGCACCCGGCUUCAAAACCUGAGCAGAGACAGACCUGGCUCCGUAGAGCACCCCGCGGGGGUGUGCCGUGAGGUGACAAGGGAACAGUUUCGGGCUCAGAUGGUUCACUCGCCACCCCAAACCGGACCCUCCGCCGACCUAGCCGGGGCGCCUCUCUUCUGGCUCGAGGGUUGAAACGAUACCGCGUUUGUUCCCCGGGAACAAACCUAGUCAUCUCAUGAUCUUCUGAGCUGUAUUGUGAUCAGCACGUCCUUCGGAGCCCCUGGCCCUCUCCUCUCCGCCCCUGAGCCAGAGAAGGGAUUCAGAGCGCACCCCAUUCUGUUCCACCGCCGACAUCUCCGAAUCACAUCCUCCACCCCCCUCAUCGUGGUGUCAGUGGGAUUGUCUGUCGGUGUCAUUUCAGUGGCGUUCAUAACCACUUGGGCCUGGCCAGUGCCGCCUCUGCCGAACAUUUACUCCUUCUCCAUCCUCCUGUUUGGGAAUGUUGUCGUGAUUCUUGUUACACUGUGCAUGAAUGAAAAAAAAAAAAAGCUAAACCCCAAUUUAUGUGUAUAUAGUAGCAUAGAGUGACACGUAGGAUAGAGUGACGCGUGUCACCCCAUUCAGCAGUGCUAAUUGAGCAUCGGAGACAUGAAUGAGUUUUCUUUUGCACCUGAAGGUUGUUUUUCUUUCGUCGCCGUUCCGGGUUUGGGUUAUUGGGCAGGGAGCGAAAGGCUCACGUGGGUGUGCUCAUCGAUUUCUGAGAAGCAAUAAAAUGAUCCCGGCGAGCCAUAGCCGAGCCGACCGCAGGCGGUCUUCGUGGACAAUCAGUCUUAGCCGAAGGCGGCCUGUGAAGGCUGGUGGAGAUUAGGGACCUUCUUCAGGGGGAAUGAGAGUGUGCAGAAAGUGGGGUUGCUGGGAUGGGCCCAGCUUCCUCAGAUCCUAGCUUGGCCCAGGCGGGAAUGGGAGCUACAAUUACUAAAGGAUGUUUGGAGCUCCAAAUUCCUUUAGCCAGUCGGAUCAUUGUGACACAGCUCCUAGGGGAUAGGAAGUCAGAGGUGAGUGUCGGUGCUUCGACCUGCACUUUCUGCCACUCUGAUUGGAGAUGGGACAAGAGCUUACCACACCACUCUACUCACAGUAAGUGCUCGAUAAAAGCCAUUGCUCGCUCGAUUGAUUCAGCAGAUUGAUCCCCCUUUGAGGCUUGUCCUUGGGAGUGUUGAGCAUUUCCCAGAGGAAGAGAUAUUUUAGCUUCAGAGGGCUUCUAGUACAUCUGUGGCAUGGCGCCAACAGCUCAUGGAAAGGCCCCAGACCAGGAGUUAUUAGCUCUUUUGAGGGAGUAAGAGAUUGCUCUGGCCUAGCUGCCUCCUCACCUCUUCUGGAUCGGGCCAAAGGUUAAAAAAGAAAAACCACCGUGUAGAAACAGAUUGAUCCAGGGCCUGUUUGAGGAAGAGCACCACAUCUCCAGUUGAGGAAAUCCCUCAGUCCAAAGCCGCCUCAAGUAGAAGGCAAGGUUUUCUCUUUUGGGAUGAUUGGGGCGAUUCUCAGACCAGAGCGAAUAGGGUGCAGCGUUAUGAACCAAUUUCUCAGCCUAUCCUUUGUGGAAGUUGACUGAUUGACUGCCUGUCACACCUCCCAGUUGAACAGAGGAGAAAGGGGAAAAAUGGACAGAGGCUGAGGAUUCAUAUUGAAGAGCCAGAGAGGACGAAGGCCAUUUUGUGUUUUUCAAUGACUCGUCCAAGUAUUUUGAGAUUAGGCCUUUGGGGAUCGGUCCCGAGACCAGUCAGGGCCAGACUUGCAUCCUGAGCCGGACGGUUCCGUGCCCUGCCGUAGCCGGCCCGGUGGCCUGUGCCGGUCGGUUCCAUGCCCUGCCGUGGUGGUCGGUUCCUGGGCCCGCGGUGGUUCAGAAAUCAGCCGGUUAACUCGCCUCGCAGGGCUCCUCCUAAUUCCAGUCUUUGCUGAGAAUGUAUAAAGGGCGUAGCAGUAGCUAGGAAGGAAAAUGAGUUCUGAAAUUGAAAGUCAAUGUGUGAUAGUUAGAGAGAUUUCACGCUCAUGUUUAGUCACCCCUGGCACAACGGUGACCCCGGUGCUAGGUGUUCAUAGAGGAGUAGAACGAAAUCCUUGAUUGUUUGUGGUUGGUUUGGUUUGUUUUAUUUUUUUUGUCCUGUAGGGAAAAUAUUAAAACAUGAUUCUGACUCUUCAGGGUUAAAAUUAAUUAUUAUUAUUAUUACUUUUGUGUAAAAUGAUUUCAUUUUAUUUGUUUGAUUAUUUCAUUUUGAUUUGUGUGUGUAUUGUGCACAGAUUUAGGAAAGAAGUGCACGAAUUGUGCUAUUCCUUAUAAAUGGUACACAUCAUUGACACCGACAAAUAAAGUUUAUAAUUGUUUCUGAUUUAA